AUGGAUCUGCUGGUGCUGAUGAACAUCAGUGUUGGCACCCCCAAUGGAUCCCUUGUCUUCCCCUCCUCUUCCUCCUCGCCCCUGCAGCAGCCUCCCUCCCACUAUUCCCCUGGGGCUGUGGCCAGUUUGGCAGCCGUGGUGGGUUUCCUUAUCGUCUUCACCAUCGUGGGCAACGUGCUGGUGGUGAUCGCGGUGCUGACCAGCAAGGCGCUGCGAGCCCCACAGAACCUCUUCCUGGUGUCCCUGGCCAGCGCUGACAUCCUGGUGGCCACCUUGGUCAUGCCUUUCUCCUUGGCCAACGAGAUCAUGGACUACUGGUACUUCGGCAAAGCGUGGUGCAACAUUUACCUGGCGCUGGAUGUGCUGUUCUGCACUUCCUCCAUUGUGCACCUGUGCGCCAUCAGCCUGGACAGGUAUUGGUCUGUCACCCAGGCGGUGGAGUACAACCUCAAACGGACUCCACGGCGGAUCAAGGGGAUCAUCCUCACAGUCUGGCUCAUCUCAGCUGUUAUUUCCUUCCCCCCCUUGAUCUCCGUGUACCGAGACCCCGAGGGGGACCUCUUCCCCCUGUGCAAACUCAAUGAUGAAACCUGGUACAUCCUCUCUUCCUGCAUUGGCUCCUUCUUCGCCCCCUGCCUGAUCAUGGUGCUGGUCUAUGUCCGCAUCUACCGGGUGGCCAAGCUAAGGACCAGGACCCUUUCUGAGAAGCGCACAGUGCCCGAGGGCUCUUCCCUGUCUGAGAAUGGGCUGAACCGGGCCCAUCGGGGCUGCACGUCACUGAGGAUGCAGCCAGGGGAGAACGGACAUUACUCGGUGCACCAGUGGCGCAAAGCCUCAGAGCUGGAGGACAUUGAGCUGGAGGAGAGCAGCACCUCAGAGAGCAGGCGGAGGCGGAGCCGGGAUGAUCACCCCCGCAAAAGCAGUAAGAGCCAGUCCUUCUCAUAUUCCUACUCCUCCAAGCGCUCCAGCAAUCGGUCCAGGGAUCUCUUCUCCUCUCACCGCCGCAGGAAGCGCAGCAGCGUCUGCCGUAAGAAGGUCACCCAGGCCCGGGAGAAACGCUUCACUUUUGUGCUGGCUGUGGUCAUGGGGGUCUUUGUGGUGUGCUGGUUCCCAUUCUUCUUCAGCUACAGCCUCUAUGGCAUCUGCCGGAAGGCAUGUGAGGUCCCAGAGACUCUCUUCAAGUUCUUCUUCUGGAUCGGGUACUGCAAUAGUUCCCUCAACCCGGUCAUCUACACAAUCUUCAACCAGGACUUCCGCAGGUCUUUCAAACACAUCCUCUUCAAGAAGAAGAAGAAGAAUUUUCUGCACUGA